AUGGCGUUGUGCAAACGCGCUUUUCAUUUGUGUUCCAAUCAUCGUCUCUGCCUGGCCAAGUACCGCGACUUCCUGUGUGGACUCCCUUCCACGACGUCGCGCAGUAGCAGGCACCUUUCGCAGGCCCCGAACUCUAACCUAAAGCGCGUGUUCCUCGUCGAUGCACUUGCGCUGGUAAGGGGUUUAGAGGCCAAAGGAGUUCCGUCCAAACAGGCCGAAGCGAUAACUUCUGCACUCACCGAAAUUCUAAAUGAUAGUUUGGAAAAUGUUGCUCAUUCUUUUGUUUCAAGAAUAAAAAUGCAAAAGGCAGAGGUGCUCCAAGAAUCGAAUCUGUCCAAGUUCAAAUCUGACGUGCAAAGUUCUCAGGAGCAUCAUUUUUCUCUGUUGCAACGUGAGACUGAAAAGCUUCGUAGUGACAUAGAGAAGAUGAGAAGUGAAUUGAGGUACGAGAUUGACAAGGUCACCGCUGGACAACGUCUAGACCUGAAUCUUGAAAGAGGACGCACACGUGAUGAGCUUGCUAAUCAGAACGCUGAAACCUCCAAUUUGACAAACAAACUCGAUCGGGAAAUUCAUGAAUUUAGAGCCCAGGUAGAAGCUGCAAAGUAUGAUGUGAUCAAAUACUGCAUAGGUACUCUUGUUUCCAUAUCUGCAGUGGGUCUCGCUUCCGGAGAUUCUUGUGGUGGUGCCCAAAAGUUGGAGUUCCCAGCGUCUGGUCCACCAGUAAGAAGGAUAACACAGUCUGUUUAUAUAUUCAGCUUUCUAGAAUUUUCAGUAGAGAUUAAUUCGGAGAAAUAA